AUGGCAUCAGAAAGAGACAUUCAGAACUUCUUUAACUGUACCCAAAAUAUUUUGGGUCGUGACGCUUCAUGGGAUAACCUUAAUGUAUCGCAAUUACUGGAUCUGCUGCCAAAACAGAUUCUCGAGGAUAUUAACUUGAAAGUGACACUUGGGAACUGUAUGGGCCUUGGACGUCGACCGUAUAGUCCACCAUGGUGGGGACAAUUUGCGUGGUUCAUCCUAUUUGCCAUCAUGCUGCUUCUUGCAAUAGUUGGCAAUACCUUGGUUAUUUGGAUCGUUCUAGCUGACCUCCUUAUGGCAACUUUGAAUGGAGCUCCAAAUUUCAUCUUUCUAGUCACCGCGAAUUGGCCCUUUGGUUCUAUUACUUGUCGAGCGAGUAACUUCACGGCUAAUCUUACGGUGUCAGCAAGUGUCUUCACUCUAAUCGCCAUCACCGUUGAUCGGUACGUGGCUAUAGUGAAGCCCCUACAACAUAGACUCAGCAGAAGAGUCGCGCGUGCUGCAUUAUUCAGCGUGUGGUUCUGCAGUGCCCUGCUAGCUUUGCCAUCGUUACUGUACUCGGACACUUACACUAAAAAAUACAUAAAUGGUGAGCGGGAGAUAUGCUUCAUUAAAUGGCCCGACGGCAGUUAUCCCACUUCUAAGGCAGAUUACUGCUAUAAUUUAGUAUUCUUGUCCGUGACAUACGUGGUACCGAUGUCUGUCAUGGUGUGGGCUUAUGCCAGAAUGAGUUCAGCAUUACGAGGUCACGCUAUUGGAGAAUGCACGCAUCAUCAAAUGCAGAUAGUUCGAGCCAAACGUAAGGUAGUGCGCAUGUUUGUUCUGGUCGUUAUGGUGUUUGCCCUGUGCUGGCUGCCCUACCACGCGUACUUUGUGCUGGUCUAUCACCAUCAAUCGCUUGCAUCGGCACCAUUCGCCCAGCACAUUUACCUGGCGUUCUACUGGUUUGCAAUGGCAAAUUCCAUGUUCAACCCCCUAAUAUACUAUUGGAUGAGCAAUAAGUUUAGGGUCUAUUUUCGCAUGGUGCUUUGCUGGUGUCGUUCAGUGAAGGAUUCUACGCCUGAUCACACGACAAAACAAUUUGAAAUGAACAAAUCGUUCUCCGUGAGCCAAAGACAUUUUCAUGGUACAUCAACAUGCACGCGGGCA